AUGGGCAUUUGGAAAAAGGACAAGUCGGAUAGCAAAACAGAAUCAACAUCAAUUCCGGAAGGAGAUUAUGAACGCGGGAAAAAGCUUUUUAAGUACCGUUGUGCCCAAUGUCAUGCGAUCAAUACGACCAGAAGCAUGGCUGGACCAACUUUGCACGGGUUGUUUGGACGAACUUCUGGCACCGCACCUGGCUACGUCUAUUCUGAAUCAAACAGAAAAACAGUUCGUUUUUGGGCUUCUCGGAAUACUAGUUCUGCCAGAGAGCGCUACUCACAGUAUUCCGCGUCAUAA